CUAUUCUAUUUCUAUCUGAGAGUCAAAGAAAGCCGUAACAAAACUCAACAAAGGCAAAACAAGAAAUUCUCCGAUCUACGAUGUCGACGGUUGUAGCAGAAACCAAACCCAAAACCAAGAUCGUGUGCACGCUCGGACCUGCAUCUAGGUCUGUUCCGAUGGUUGAGAAGCUUUUGCGAGCAGGUAUGAACGUCGCUCGCUUCAACUUCUCCCAUGGCUCCCACGAGUACCAUCAGGAAACCCUAGAUAAUCUUAGAGCCGCCAUGGAGAACACCGGUAUUCUCUGCGCCGUCAUGCUCGACACCAAGGGGCCUGAGAUUCGAACUGGAUUUCUCAAGGAUGGCAAGCCUAUCCAACUGAAACUAGGCCAUGAGAUAACUAUUUCAACUGACUAUAGCUUAAAGGGUGAUGAGAAUACGAUCAGUAUGAGCUACAAAAAGUUGGCUCAUGAUGUGAAGCCCGGGAGUGUCAUACUCUGCGCAGAUGGAACCAUAUCAUUUACAGUUUUAUCAUGUGACAAAGAACAGGGUUUGGUUCAAUGCCGUUGUGAGAAUUCUGCUGUUCUAGGAGAGAGAAAGAAUGUUAAUCUGCCUGGAGUUGUAGUGGAUCUCCCAACUUUGACUGAGAAAGACAAGGAAGAUAUAAUGGUUUGGGGAGUUCCCAAUAAAAUCGACAUGAUUGCGCUUUCUUUCGUUCGAAAAGGUUCUGAUCUGGUGCAAGUUCGGAAGUUGCUAGGAAAACAUGCUAAGAACAUUCUUCUCAUGUCAAAGGUUGAAAACCAAGAAGGGGUUGCAAACUUCGAUGAUAUCCUUGCAAAUUCAGAUGCAUUUAUGGUGGCACGAGGUGACCUUGGAAUGGAAAUUCCAAUAGAGAAGAUCUUUCUCGCACAGAAAGUGAUGAUUUAUAAGUGCAAUAUCCAAGGAAAGCCGGUUGUUACUGCAACCCAGAUGUUGGAAUCAAUGAUCAAAUCUCCCAGGCCAACCAGAGCUGAAGCUACUGAUGUUGCCAAUGCAGUUCUGGAUGGAACAGACUGUGUGAUGCUUAGUGGUGAGACAGCUGCUGGAGCUUAUCCAGAACUUGCUGUUCGAACUAUGGCUAAAAUAUGUGUUGAAGCUGAAAGCACCCUUGACUAUGGAGACGUAUUUAAAAGGAUAAUGCAGCACUCACCAGUGCCUAUGAGUCCAUUAGAGAGUCUAGCUUCUUCUGCUGUUAGAACAGCCAACUCAGCUAGAGCAGCUCUCAUAUUGGUUUUAACUCGAGGAGGGACUACUGCAAAGUUGGUGGCUAAAUACCGGCCAGGCACACCAAUUCUUUCUGUCGUCGUUCCCGAGCUUACGACUGAUACCUUUGAUUGGUCAUGCAGUGAUGAGUCCCCUGCAAGACAUAGUUUGAUAUUCCGAGGAUUGAUUCCAAUACUAAGUGCAGCCUCUGCUAGAGCUUCUCAUGCUGAAACAACAGAAGAUGCAAUAGAAUUUGCCCUUCAAUGUGCCAAGACAAAGGGGCUCUGUGUUAACGGGGAUUCUGUUGUGGUUCUGCAUCGUGUGGGCACUGCAUCAAUCAUCAAAAUCUUGACCGUGAAAUGAUCCCACAAAAUUAAGUAUUUAUCUGUUUUUUGGCAACAUAUUUUUAUGAUGGGAAAUAAUGAACUCAUAUAUUAUACCAUCUCCAAUCUACGUUGGAUGCAAACCAUCAAUUAGAUGCUGUUAUUGGGGUUUCCCCUAUUUUACACGUCUCUGCAUAUCCCCGUAUCCUUAUUAUUGUUGAGACAAGUUAUGAACUCUUCAUUUUUGAGAUCAUGUAUGAAUCUUUUGGUACUAAUACGGCCAGCUUUUGGCUUUUGCUUAUUUUGCCGAAUUAAUGCAAUUUACGUCUUGAUUCCGAA